AUGAGCCAGUCAGUGGAAUGCUUGCGUGAUUUUUUGGUUCACUAUGCUCAUUUCUGUGGGUAUAAGUACAAUGACAUGUGUUCUUUCUAUCUGUGGAAGGUGCUAUCUAGGUGUAUGGAGAGGGAUAGCGAGGAGAUCAAGUGGGAGGAGCUUAUGGAUGUUUUUGGGUCGAAUGAGUGGGAGAGCGGGGGAUUCAGGAAGAUUAAAUUGAGAUCAGAUUGGCGCGAGUCGUUUAUUCCCAGGAGAAGAGUGAAUGAGCAUCGGGGGUCGCAGUGUUCGAAGCAGUGCCACGGGACGGAGACGGUGUAUUACUGUUUUGAUUGCACGAAGAAUCCUUUGUAUGAGAUAUGCGAGGAGUGUUUUGACGAGACGCAGCAUAUGGGCCACCGAUACACGUCGCGCGUGGUAACGAGGCCCGAGGGGAAAGUGUGUCAUUGUGGGGACAUAUCCGGAUAUAACAACCCAGAGAAGGCGUUUCAGUGCAAGAUUAGCAGCAACAAUGUCAGGGUAGACCUGUCGCCCGAUGAUAUGUACGAGGAGAACUGGAUAAGUACCUUUUCGCAGGUGCUGGAUUACGUCAUCGAUUGUUGUUAUGCAUCGCUGGAUGCGGAUGAGAAGAUCAAGCAUGAGAACGUCGAGUCAAUUCCAAUUCAGGAUUCCCAUGGAAAUAUAGAAACGUUCUCAGAUAGGUAUGCACUUAUAUUGUACCAACACGAAUGCCACAUUCACAUCCAGGACGUGGCCAGGAAGAUAUCGCAAACUUUGAAGAAAGACAUCGGGUUUGGCACGUACGUCUUGUCCCAAUUCGACCCCGAUGAGCACUUCACAAUCGUGGCAGAAUCCACAGACAAACAUUCAAUGCUGAAACUGAAAGAUUUACUCGCUGCACAAGACAUACCGACGCAUUUGUUAAAUAGUUCGAACGUCUUCAAAAAAUACUUGGUUAGCGAGUUGUGCCGCUGGCUACACCAUUUCGCAAUAAACAACUCCUCCGUGAUAUCGGGGAAAAUGUCCCUCCGGCUUGCCUUCAUGGAGCAAUACCACUCUAACCUCAUGGCAACUAAACCAUUCAAAAUUAAUAUUCUUGGAAACUUCACUGUACCGCAACAACAGCACAACACAUUCCCAUGGAUUAAACCCUGGAAUUUUCAGCACAAUCGUGACGAGACACACGACUCUCGUGUGCUGGCUACCAUGAUUCGAUAUGAUCAGAAAAUUAAAGAGACAGAUACACCAAAUUCAACUUGUAGAUACCUUCCCUUAUCGGGAUCCCGGUUCCAGUACUUCAUUACCCAAUGCGUUACAGCUUUCUCUCAUUUUACGAGAUUAAGAUUACUAGAAGUGUUAGGAACCAUCUUUAGCGUGACAGAUGACUCGAAAAAAUGCUUGGCUGCUCAAUACUUGGACGUGUAUUGCAACGUGCUAUACGGAACCAUUGUUUUCGAUUCAAGUGGCUGUAAACUUACUUUAAUGAGCACGCUAGCGCAAUACAUAUUUCCAUCACCGGCUAUCGCCAACAUGAUUAUCAACUCUGGUUUCAUAGAGAGAUGCUUGGCUUUCAGUUACUCUAUCAUGCCAUCGGACUCGGAAAUAGUCCAUAACUCUUCACCCAUCCCUUUGAGUACAGACUUCAAAUUACCACAAACAGUCAUCAAAAACAAAAAAACAGUUAUUUGUUUUAAGGAUAUCUACCAAACAAUGUGCACAAAUAACAACCCAGAAUCCGUCUUUGCUAAUAAAUCGUUAGUAAAGGCGAUCUCAGAAUGCUUUUUCUCGUUUAACACUAUAUUGCCGCUCAAACGUGAAGCAGUUAAACAUGUUCAAUAUGAAAACUUCGAUUUCUCUUCCUUUUAUUUCUUCUUCUCAUCUAUCUUAAUCAUGGUAGAUGGGUUCUUAAGAAAUAUAUCACUCGUGAUGGACCCCAUAAAGAGAAAGGAAAUUGUUUCAUCAUUAUUAAAAUCAUCUAUUGAUAGACAAUUGGCAUCUUUAGACAAAUUUCGUUCUCCGGUUUCAAAUAUUAACACAAAUUUCUUCAAUGCCAGUGUUUGUAAUGUUCGUUCCCAAAUUUUCAACUUCCAAGUAGGCUCCGAUAUCCAAAACUUUUUCAAUCCAAUUUCGUAUUACAUUAAAUUUAUCUUGCAAUGGAGUCAAUGCGGAAGGUACGAACCCCUACCCGAAUCUUUGAACAAUGCGAUCAAAUUUAGCGAACUUCUACCAUCUGCAUCAGAGUGUUUGUGGAUUGCAGAACCUUCACUCUGUACCCUAGUUAUGAUAUCUCAAAUUGAAGUAGGGUUUUGGGUGCGUAAUGGAUCUCCAAUUCAACAUCAGCUAAAGAUGUACACACGGUACAGUAUGCGUGAAUUCACAUACUUUAGUGAUUUCUUUCAUGUACAACUCUCUAUGUGCUACGCUAACCCGCAAGAUUUUAUGGUAAAUUUCCUUACAAGAUGGGGACUUAAGAAUUGGGCCGAAGGAAUUCCAAUCGAUAACUACCCAGAAGAGCCAUUGACAGUUGCAAUGACGGAACAGUGUAUUCUAACCUUAAUUCGACUGUUAACUGAGACUAGAGCUCUAUGCGUUUCCUCAUCAGUAGAAGGAUUUGAAAGCACUAUGAAAUCAGAAAUUAUACACUCUUUGUGCUUCAGAAAUUGUACCUAUAGUUCUCUAGUAGAGGCAAUUCCAGAACAUGUUACAAAACAUCCAGCCUUUGAUCUUUACUUGAAGGAAUUUAGUGAUUAUCAUAAACCAACUGGUAUUUUUGAAACUGGAACUUACAGUUUAAAGAAACAAUACAGGAAAAAUGUUGAUCCUUAUUUUAUCGGAUUUUCCUCAAGUAAAAGAUACGAGGCAACUAUACUUGUUAGAGAAAGGAUGAAGAAAACUCAUGGUAUUUCAUUCAACGAUACUUUUGUUCCAGCUGUCACUGUAAUAGAUCAACUAAAAGAUACUCAGUACCGUAAUCUCUACCAAAUUACUUCCACCGAUAUUUUUGGUAUAUUUAUCAAAAAUACAUUAGUGCAUACUAUGAAGCUCAAACAGGAAUCAUUAUUGGGUAAAGUCUUACAUUUAAUUCACCUCUGCAUUAUAAACAAUUUGACUGAAUUUUCAAAGAUAUUCUGGCGAGAAUAUCACUUAGAUGAAUCUGAAAAUGGUUUCUAUCAUAGUAUUGGGUCGUUGCUUUACUACUUCCUUUCUUCUGAAGAUUUCAAUUAUGAAAAUGGAAAAAUAAGGGAAAUAUUUAGGUUCUUAAAAGACAGAGCUCCUCAUAUCAAUGUCAAUGACUACUUAUUUGAACAAACUCAGGGUUAUGAUCCUAGAGUCUUAUUCACCGAUAUUAGUGAAUCCGAAAACGAUGAGCAUACCAAGAAAAAGAUACUUGCUAAAAAGAGAAGAGAAAAGAUGAUGCAAAAGCUAGCAAAACAACAACAAGAGUUUAUGGACAAUCACAAUGUUUCAACAAAUGAUUUUGGUUCGCAAGCUAUAAACCUAGAAACAUCUGAUAUUGAUAUCUCAUGGAGCUACCCCGAAGAUGAUUGCGUCUUUUGUACAAUGCCAAAGGAUUAUGACGUUUUAUCAUACUUCGUCUUUAUUGAAAGAGGUCUUACUUCAAUCGAUGUUUCCCUCGAAGAUAAUUCCAAAAAUCUAAAAUUCGGACCAGUAUUAACCGCUUGUGGUCAUUGUGCACACUUUGGCUGUUUGUUAUCGCAUAUGAAAUCCAUUAGAAAGAAUUUAGGCCAAAUCACAAAGAAUACUAGAGAUAACUAUGGAUUAUCCACUAUUACUUGUGCAUUAUGCAAAUCCAUGGUGAAUUCUUUUAUACCUCUUUUGAAAGGCAUGCAACAUUGUGCAGACUACAACUCCAAGAGUCUCCUAACGCGUCAUAGUUUAGCAUUAAUUACUGAACUCAGUGGUAUGAAGUUCUCACUUCAAAACGGUUUUAUUGCCAGUUGCACAUUAUUAGCAAAUACCAUUGCCAACCUGGAACUAUCCUUGAGGGAAUCUAAACAUAAAUUCAUCAUUAAUAAGUUAAGCAAUAGACAGGUCACAAGCCUACGACUUCUAGAUGAUUUAAUAAGUGUUGGCUUAGAAAAAAGAUUGAUUUCAGCAAGUGGCCGCCGUAUCAAGGAUCCUUUCUUAUCAUUUUGCAUAUCUAUUCAUCUUUUCUCAGGAAUUAAAGUCGUCACAGAUUUGUUAAGGCGCAAAGUAAUCGAGGAACUGACACUGAGAGUGAACGAUCUUGUAAGUUUGUCGUAUCAACAAAUUGUUCCGGAAUCAUCUUCUAAAAUAGACUUCGAUAUUCCAUGUAGCGAUGUCAUAUCCCAAAUUAUUGUGACAAGAAUUCACAGUAUCCAAGAUAUUGAACAAAAUAGUAUCUCGGAAGCAGAAAGUUUCUUCCGACGUAACCAGAAGGCACUUAUCAAUUUAUUCAUGUCCCAUUUUUUGAUCUUUUUGAGGAAAGCAUGCGUUGCCCUUCAUUGCAAGUUCAUUAAUGAACAGAAAAUGCUCUUUAAUUACAAAAACUCUAACGAACUCGAGACGAUGUUAGAUCAUUGUAACCUUCCUUCUUUCUUGAAUCUACUUCAAGAAAUGUUCUCCAUUUUCAGUCAAUCAACUUCAACUAGUAUCAAAAUAACGAAUAUAAUGUCGUUCAAACCUCAACUGCCUAUAUCGUCGCCCUUUAUUAAUCUACCAGAAGUUCUGUCAAACCUAUCGAAAUUAACGGAUUCGGAGUUGCAUUUAAGGUUCCGUGCAUUUAAGGAAGACAUAUCAAUAUGCAUGUUUUGUGGAACUUCUUGUGGUCUUCAGAGAUCAUCAUUGUUACACUUCUCGCGCUUAGGUCAAUGUACAAAUCAUUACUACAACGAGUGUAAAUUCAAGUCUCCUUACGCGUGCUUUUUCAUUCUUAAGAGCAAUGUUAUAUACUUGGGUUACGGAAAUCAAGGCUCUUUUUACCAAACACCCUAUGUGAACAAGCAUGGCGAAACAGACGAGGAUUAUAAGCUAGGAACCCCGGUUUUUUUCAACGAAGCAAGGUAUAAGCAUUUCAUUCAGGAUAUCGUAAUUCCUGGAAAGAUUCCUCAUUUCAUUAAUCGUGCGAAUGAUAAAACUGUAGAUUUGGGUGGUUGGGAAUCAAUGUAA